UAAGUAAAUAUGAUUAGAAAUCUUGUGGGAUAUAUUCGGUAAUAAAUAACAGUGAGGGGUUCUUUUGAAAUAUCUCAAAUAUGUUGUGUAAGAUGCUGACGUGGAGACCCAUGGGAUGACGAAGCUUUGACUCGUCGCGCUUGCUUGGUUCCUUCUACUUGAAGUUGUUAGACUCCACCACGAUCCAAUUUCAACAAGAUGAAGAUGAUGAUCAUUCAAACUCCUCUUGGGUUGAUUGUUUCAGAGAUUAUUAAAAAGAAAAAUUACACUUUCUCAGAUCUGAAAUUUUGUUUGAAUUUUGUCUUCUUACGUGUUUUUUCUUUUAUUGUCCAAUUCGUCGCCGGCAACAAUGGCUUCCUUGGAGAUGAACGACCUAAAAAAGAUUGGGCUAGGUUUGACUGGAUUUGGUAUCUUCUUUACAUUCCUGGGAGUGAUUUUUGUGUUUGACAAGGGACUCAUCGCCAUGGGGAAUAUACUCUUCUUAGCUGGUGUUACUCUAACCAUUGGAAUCCACCCAACAAUCCAAUUCUUUACUAAAAGGCAGAGUUUUAAGAUAUCAUUUGGAUUGGGUUUCUGCUUCUCUGUUGUGUUUGGAUGGCCUAUCUUCGGUUUGCUUCUAAAAUCAUAUGGCUUCCUUGUCCUCUUCAGUGGUUUUUGGCCUACACUUGCGGUUGCGGUCUUUCUUCAAAGGAUACCUCUAUUGGGCUGGCUUUUUCAUCAACCAUACAUCAGAUCGAAAAUGGUAGUCAAAGUAUAUGGGCAGAUAAAAGCAGCUAAUCCACAAAGAGUAUUGCUCUGUUUUUUGGAGAAAGGCAUCGAGUUUGAGGUGAUUCAUGUCGAUCUCGAUCAACUUGAGCAGAAAAAACCAGAACAUCUUCUCCGUCAGCCGUUUGGUCAAGUUCCAGCUAUUGAAGAUGGAGAUCUCAAGCUUUUUGAGUCGCGAGCCAUAGUGAGGUACUACGCGACAAAGUAUGCGGACCAAGGAACGGACCUCUUGGGCAAGACUUUGGAGGAACGAGCCAUUGUGGACCAGUGGGUGGAAGUUGAGAAUAACUAUCUCUAUGCUGUGGCUCUUCCCUUAGUUAUUAACGUCGUCUUUAAGCCCAAGUUUGGUGAGCCAUGCGACGUUACUUUGGUUGAGGAGCUAAAGGUCAAGUUCGAGAAGGUCCUCGAUGUUUAUGAGAACCGAUUAGCUACGAACCGGUAUUUGGCCGGUGAUGAAUUCACAUUGGCUGAUUUGACUCAUAUGCCCGGUAUGAGAUAUAUCAUGAAUGAAGUCAGUUUGAGCGGUUUGGUUACGUCUCGAGAGAAUGUUAACCGGUGGUGGAAUGAGAUUUCGGCUAGACCGGCUUGGAAGAAGCUCAUGGAUUUGUCUGCCUAUUAAAUUACUUCAAGUUUACAUGGAUGGUGGAUGGUGCUGAUGAUGAUAAUUAUAAUGUGGUAUUUGGACCAAAUUAAGUAAAAGUGUUUUUUUCCAAAUAAAGUUAAAUCGCAUGUUAUAUUAAUUUUCUAUUAAAAAAACUAUAUUACUUCAGUAAA